GCCCAUCUCUUCCCAGCCACCAGACUCACUUCCCCGUUCCCCCCUCCCAUCCCAUCUCUGUCCUCCAUUCACUCCCUAGUCCUUCCCCUUCCCCAAAUCCUAUCCCACUUCAUCUCUCAAAGCAAAAAUGGCAACUUUGCUCUUUCUCUCGUCCCCUCAACACCUUCCCAGUCCCCUUCCACCGCAAAAUUCCAUUCCCCAAAUACCCACUUCCCUCGUCUUCUCCUCGAAAUCCCAUCUCCACCAGGUAAUCAAUUCACUCCUCCCUGAUUUCCUCUGCUUUUCAUUCUGUUAUCGCCCAUGGAUUGCCUACUCAAGUCUGGUGUGAUUAAUCAGACUUAAAAGGUUUCUGCAGUUCCGAGGAGAAGCGCCCUGUCAUUGAUCUUACUCUCACCCAUUGCGACCACUUCCCUCUUAUGGGAAUCGGCUACCGCUCCUCAAUCUGCCAUGGCGGCGCCGGCGGAUGUUCCCCUGAGGGAAUACAUCGACACCUUCGACGGCUACUCCUUCAAUUACCCGCAGAACUGGAUUCAGGUCCGCGGCGCCGGCGCCGAUAUCUUCUUCCGUGACCCUUAUGUCCUCGACGAAAACCUCUCCGUCGAGUUCUCCUCUCCUUCCUCCUCCAGGUACAAGAGCUUGGAGGAUUUGGGAUCCCCAGAAGAAGCCGGGGCCAAGGUCCUGAAGCAAUACCUCACGGAGUUCAUGUCCACUCGACUCGGCGUGCGGCGAGAAUCCAAUGUCCUCUCCACAUCCUCCAGAGUCGCCGACGACGGCAAGAUGUACUACCAAGUGGAAGUGAACAUCAAGUCGUAUGCAAGCAACAACGAGCUGGCCGUCAUGCCUCAGGACAGAGUUGUCCGGAAGGAAUGGGACCGGCGGUACCUCUCCGUUCUGGGGGUCGAGAACAACCGCCUCUACGAGCUGAGAUUGCAGACGCCGGAGAGCGUGUUCAUGGAGGAGGAGAACGAUCUCCGGCGAGUCAUGGCUUCGUUUAGGGUCAACAAGGUCUCCGUUUGAUGAUAUGAUUGUGGGAUUUCGUGAAGUUCGCAUCUUUUUUCUUUUUUACUGUUUGUCAGCCCGUCCUUUGGGCCUGUUUGUUAGUCCAGUUGACCUCUGUGCCGAGGUCUUCGCAACCAAUCUUUUAUUCUGUUACUACCUCUAUAUAAACAAACAAAGAUAAGAAUUGUGGUUGAGGAUUUAUCGUUUAUUCCGUGUGGAACCCUUCUCUCAGGUUAGAUAUGUUUCCUCUUCAGCUCUGUGUUUCUAGAUAAAGCUCAGAGAAUUAGGGUUGGGCAUUUAUCUGUUUAGGGUUCAGAACGGAUAUUGAUUUAGGAAUAGCUUGCUGGGUAUCUUUCUUCAUGUGAAUCCUGAAUGAAUGAAUGAAUGAGUUGAUCACAAUUGCAAAUGGUGGUGUUAUUGUUGUUGGUUUGCUUGGUUUGUAGAUGGAAAAGGCAGGGGAGGAGGCAGGGGAAAGCAAGAAGAACAGAGGAGGUUCUUGUUGCUGUAUGAUUAAUGAUGCUGGGGAGUAUUUGUUGAGUGAGAUUCUGGUGCGUCUGCCACUGGAUCAGAUCUUCCGAUGCAAAUCCGUCUGCAAACACUGGCUGUCUGUCGUCGAAAACCCUCUGUUUGCAGCUUACUACACAAGCAAGGAGAAGAAGCAGAGUGAGAAGGAGGAGAAGAAGAAGAAGAAGAGUGAUGGAGUCAGUUACAGUGUCAAAGCUCAUCCCCACCAAAGAACACCGAUCCUGAUUCCCGUUAACGAAGACCAUGGCGAGCGGGUGAGUGAGAAGCUCAAAUUCUCACUCGAUUUCGUUCCGGACUUUGCACAACUGCACGGAGAUACUAAGUUUUAUGAUCUUCUCAAUCUAGCAGCUGAGCACCAGAAGAAGGUGAGGAAUAGCUGGGCAUGGGGUGUCCCGAAUUACUACACGUUCAGGGAAUUGAUCCUAGGUUCAUCCAAUGGCUUACUCCUGUGCGCCCCACUCCUGAGCGCGACGACGAAAGGCCCUACAGGGAUUACGUUUGAUGGUUUCGCACCCAUUUAUGUGGUCUGCAACCCUCACACCAAGCAGUGGCUUCAAGUCCCGCCUCCUUUCACCUCCCCGGUUUUCUCCCACGAGAUUGCCCAUGUCGGCUUUGUCUCCGAUUUCGAUUCCCAUGGCGUUUGUUGGUUCAAGAUCGUGCGCUUCCCCCUCAGCUUCGAUUAUCAAGGCAGACGCUCCCUCGACCUGCAAGUCUUCUCGUCCCAAUCCUGGAAGUGGAUGGCUGUGAAGGUGUCGUCUCUCCCACAGCCAUUUGGGCCGGACAAGAAAAUGCAGACUAUCGUUGCAGUCACGUUGAAGAAGAAUGGCGACGAUUCCACCCCUCGUUUGUGCUGGAUGUUCAAGGGGUCCCAAGCGAUCGUAUACGAUCCCAUCAACAAUGUGGUUGAUGUUGUGAUUAAGGUCAUACGGCCUUCGAAUUUGGGAACUGUUCAGGACGUGGUAUUUGAUGGGAUGUGCGUUAGCAAGGGCCAGUUGUGGGCAGGAAAGCUCUUUGAUGGAAUGAAGCUGAAGAUCUAUAGGGCUUCAGGGAAUGAAUGGGAGACGGUGAAGGAGUUUGAUAUGAAGAGUGUUAAGAACAAACACAAUCGCGAUCAUCACAUUCAACAACAGAUUAGAAGAAUCUCGUUCAGAGCCUUCGUGACUAUGAACCCGGAUGAUCCAGAACAGGUGUACCUCAGGUAUAACAAGUCGUUGGCCCUACUGGAUAUGAGAUGUAAGACCUACAAGGUCGUCGGAGCUUUGGACAUGGACAAGGACAUCACCGUUAGAGCUUUGAACCGCAAGCUCGAACAAUCGGCAAUCAUAUGUGACAACCCACUUUGGCCGACUCCACUCCCUUCUCCUUUCCCAUCUUCUUCUUCUUCUUAGUGGCUUUGAUUUGCUUUGCAUUAUAUAUUACAAAAUGAAGUGGCUAUUAUCUCUAGAGUUACUCAUCAGAAGCGUAGUUGAAUUUUUCUUAUCCUAUGUAUUCCCUAGUU